GUUGAAUUUCUGUGCUUGAUUCAUUCAUUUAUUCUACCCCUUUGAAAUCCUUCUUCUCGAUUGGGAUUCUGGAUUUCUUAGGUUUGCGAAAAAAAAAUUAUUUGUUUUGGAAGAUAAAAUCAAGGGAUUUUGUUGGAAUUCCGGAAAUUUGAUUGAGUCAUAUAAAACAGCUGGAAGGAAGUAUUCUGUUGGUUUUUUUAGGGGAUUUUUGAGGAUAAGGUAGAAUUUUUUUGGUUGAGAGAGGAAGAGUAAAUUAAUUUCAUUUUUUUUUUUGGAGGAAUGGGGGAUCAUUUGGUAUUGUAUGUGGAUCGUUUAAUAUCACCGGCACAAGCCAAUCAGGGGAUUGCGGAGGCUACGGAAUCAUCUAAUUCACAACCAAAGGUUAUUUCACCUGCUUCUACUAGUAAUGAUGGGAGAUUGGACGAGAGUGAUAUGCCUGGUGAAGAUGAACCACUUCUUCCAAAUGCAGAAUGCCGUAUUUGUCAAGAAGAGGAUGAUAUUAAGAAUCUUGAAACCCCUUGUGGAUGUAGUGGCAGUCUUAAGUUUGCUCACAGGAAGUGUGUUCAGCGUUGGUGCAACGAGAAAGGAGAUAUAAUAUGUGAAAUCUGCCAUCAGCAUUACCAGCCUGGUUACACUGCUCCACCUCCACCGCCACUCUCUGAUGAGACCAACAUUGACAUUAGUGGAGGAUGGACUAUAUCUGGUACUCCUUUAGAUUUGCAUGACCCUCGCCUUUUGGCAAUGGCAGCGGCAGAACGCCAUUUUCUGGAGGCUGAGUACGAUGAAUAUGCUGCUACUAAUGCUAGUGGGGCCGCGUUUUGCCGCUCAGCUGCUCUCAUUCUAAUGGCUCUUCUUCUCUUGAGGCAUGCAUUGACAAUUACUAAUCCUGAUGGUGAUGAUGAUGACGAUGCAUCCACUUUUUUCUCUCUUUUCUUGCUACGUGCUGCUGGGUUUCUCUUGCCUUGUUACAUUAUGGCGUGGGCAUUCAGUAUCUUGCAAAGGAGAAGACAGAGACAGGAAGCAGCAGCACUGGCAGCCACUGAGGUUGCAUUCAUGCUGCAAUCAGGUCAACGUAGAGGUUUACAAUUCACCAUAGCGCCACCACCCCCACCAGGAACUGCUGCAGGUAUACGACAUCAAGAAGCUGUUCAAUAAUAACUCAACACAUGCUGUGACCGAGGGAAGAUAUCCGUUUUUCUAAUUUUUCCUUUUCUUUUUGAAUACAUUUUAAGAUGUAUUUGGUACUUUGGCUUGUUAUCAAAAGCCAAAAAAAUCGCUCUCUUUUUCUUGUUUUCCUGUGUCUUGUAUUUGUGUUAUCUUGAAAUUUAUGUACAUAAGUAGUAUCUUGAAUUUCACGACGAUGUGCAUGGCAAUAGAGGCUGCUCUUCAUAUAUAUUAUGUUUUCGUCCAAACUCAUGAAUUCAUGAUUCAA